AAGCGGUUCACCUGGCUCCAGGUUUCCCGCGGAGAGACAGGACAAGUGGCCAGAGCAGGCUGCUCAGGCUUUUGUAUAUUAUGACUGAACCCCUGUGUCUCCAGCAUGUCUUCUCCCAUCUUUACCGACAUCUUCCACUGUAAAGAGAGCGUGCUCUUGAAAGGUUUAUCCUCCUACACGGACGAUGGCCUGAAUGAUAGUCUGGACGGGAGCUCAGCAGAACUGACCGAUGUGUUCGAAGAGGAAGGGUGUGAAGGUGAGGAUUGGACUCCACCACCAAGCGAGCUACGAUGCAAAAUAGCUGCCCAGCUUGAGUAUUACCUCUCUGAUGAAAAUCUUGAGGCUGAUGCCUUCCUUUUAAAACAUGUCCAGAGAAACAAGAUGGGUUAUGUCAGCCUGAAGUUGUUGACCUCGUUCAAAAAGAUACGGGAUCUGACACGAGAUUGGCGCACUACCCUGGCUGCUGCAAAAUCCUCUCAGCACCUGGAGGUGAAUGACCUGGGGACCAAGGUACGACGGAGAGCACCUAUCCCUGAACGGCUGCUCUGCAUCCCUACAACAAAGCUACUGCUGGUUUGGAAUUUCCUACCCAAUGGCAGUUCAUCCAAGUUUGAAGACAGCAGGUCAUCAAAAACUGAGCAGCAAGGGAUCAUGGAGACUGCCAUGCACAUGUUUGGAUCACACGGCACAAUCACUUCUCUUCGUAUACUCCGCCCAGGAAAAGAGAUCCCUGCUGAGCUCAAACGCUAUGCCAAAAAACAUGCUGAGCUUGGCCGAAACCUAUGUGCUGUGGUUGAAUAUGAGUACUUGGAUGGGGUGCGCAAGGCAUAUGAAAUCUUGAAAGCCCAGGAACAGGCACAGAAUGGGAAAGGUAUCAGAGUGGUACUCCUCGGGAGCCGGGGAACACGGAAGCAAGGAAGCAGCCAGGGCCGGGUAGAGGAUGAGUCAGAGGAGGGCAUUGACAAUGAUGUCUCAACCAAACGCAACCGGAAAUCUAAAAAGCAUUUAUACUGUCUGGACGAUUCAGUUUUGUACAGUUCGUCAGAGUCGGACUUCGCUCCAGCUUCACCACGCCCUAACCGCAGAGUCUCUCGCCCCCAGGCUCAGUAUGGUAGCCCCCUGGCUAUCCCUCGGGUUUCAAUUUCCCAUUCCGACCCCUAUCGAAACCCUCUCAGUAGCCCGGUAGGCAGUCCUCUGUUGCCACACAAGCUUUUUCCUGGAGGUCAUGCUGCCUCGCCACUAGCCACUUCUCCAUUAAGUAGCACUCCGACUUUGGCCUGUCAAUCAUCAUACAACAGAAGCAAGUUCUCAUGUGAUUUCUUACAGGACAGCAUGGGCUAUGGAGGGAGUCCAUGGGUCCAACGGCGCAAAAAUGCUGCCCAGGCUUUUUAUCCAGAGAAAAGCUGCCCCUUGUCCCAAGAUCAAAUAAAGGGAGCCAUCAGUGUGCUUGUGGUGCGUCAGCCAUUGGGCCCUGAUGGCACUAAAGGUUUUCAUAAUUGUAUUGGAAGGGGAAGAGUGCUGCUGCCACAGUGAUGCGCAGGUGGAUCACCAAAGUACACUUGAGUUGAUCUGCUGUGCCAAAUUUUAUUUAAACCAGUGUUAAAUAAGUACUAUUGCCCAUGUCCAUGAAUAGAGUAUUCCAUUAUAGUAUAAUUGUUUUGUAUCAAAGAAUAAAUAAAGGUUGAACUGCUA